AUGCAAGAAAGAUUCAGGGCUUCGAGAUAUACUCAAAAAGUUGCAACCCAAGAGGAAAUGAAUACUAGUAUGGCUUUGUACCACUGGGAACGUACGUUCAAUGUUAACGGGUUUAGCUAUCAUUACUGCGUGGGGCAAGAACCGAACGAAGCAUUCUACCAGCUACCGGAAAUCGCGGAGAAGAUGAAUGCAAAGCUUGAAGCCAAGGCCGAAUUCAUGAAGCUUGCUGCCUUGACUGACACUGGGAGUUCAUUUGAAGAUUAUUUGCGUCAAAUACAACAAACGGACACUCUUCCGGCCGUGAUCGAGCCUUUCGACUUCGACUGUUUAAGGCCAACAAGAGCCACAAUGAAGGAAAUUUAUGGGCUAAAUAAAGGGGCCAAGACUGCCGUGGAUUAUUCGUGCUUGACGAGCAUCAACAAGCUCCAAUUUAUGUCUCGUGUCGCGGCACUUGAUUUUAGUGGCGAUACUAGGUUAUCCUACGACACUCUUUUUUCCGAUUAA